CCUCCCAGGGGAAUUAACCCCCCUUAUAUAGAGACAGUGUGCUAUGAUAUGGCGUUUAUGUCAGGAACUGCGUCAUUGUGAUGGAUCUGUGUUGACUGAGCGUCUCGCAUUGAACAUCAGUGCUCAGUCCGUGAAUCUUGGUGCCAAGGAACCCACUCAGUUCAACAAUAGGGGAGAUAGAGAGGCUUUUAGUCUAGCUUUGCAGGCAUGGUUUCCUUUGUAAUCUGUGGUAGAGGGUCCGGCGAGCCCUAUGGCAUAA